UGCAGCCUCCAUCUCUGCUGCCUGGAGGAGGGGGAAAGGGGGAGGACAGACACACGCUUCCUUUCACAGCUUCGUACCAGUGCCGCAGCUCUCGCAGUCUAGCUGCUGGGGCCGCUGCUGACUUUUGGGCAGGACUUGGAGCCCUGCAGUGCCGCUCUGUCUCCUUUUCCAGCAAGGAGGUCUGUUUUAUCUGCUUUGUUCCUGUCUCACGCUUUCUGUGAACUCUGCUCAGUUCCUCCUUUGCUCCUUGGCUGCAAGGUGAAGACCAUGAAGCCUUUACCUUGUGCGUUUCAUCAGCCAAACACAGAGCAUCCCCACACGACGAAGGUGCUGAGCACUCUGCCUCUCCCACCCUUCAGCGAGAUCCCUGGGCUCAAGUGAGGAAAUCGAAGGUACGAAGCCCUCCCUCUAAUGAACAUGGAGCACACAACUCAGAGCCAGCUGGAGGCAUCGCCCCCUUCGAGCACUGAGACAACAGAAGACCUUGCUGCAAGGCUAAAUGUUGCUGUGAGAAAUCUUGAGAUAGAAAAUGUGAAGGAGCUGCUGGAGAAAGGGGCGGACGUGAAUUCCAAAGCAGGCUCAGGCUGGACGCCGCUGCACAGCGCUGUGCAAGCGAACAACGAGGACCUGGUUCGGCUCCUGCUGGAGAAGGGGGCGGAUCUGCAUGCCAGGAAGGACAAUGGUGGCACUGCCUUUAUUGAGGCAGGGAUAGUGGGAAAUGUGAGGCUGUUGGAGCUCUUUCUUGAUCAUGGGUCAGACGUUAAUGAGUAUGAUGACAAUGGCUUCACAGCUUUCAUGGAGGCUGCUUGGUAUGGGAGGGAGGAGGCCUUGAGAUUCCUGCAUAGCAAAGGAGCAGAUGUGAAUUUGAGGAGGGUCGUCUGUGAGGAAAAAAGGAAACUAAAUAAAGGAGGUGCAACAGCACUGAUGGAUGCUUGUAGGGAGGGUCAUGUCUCAGUUGUAAAAGCUCUGGUCCAAGAGAUGAAUGCGGAUCUGAACAUCCGUGACAACCAAGACAGGAAUCCCUUGAUCCAUGCCCUCAAGGAGAAUGAUCGCAACAAAACAGGGGAGUCUGCUGCCUCUAUAGGACAUUUCCUGCUCGACUGUGGUGUUGACGUGAACAGCAGAGAUGAAAAUGGGAAAACUGCCCUCAUCCUGGCUACAGAAAUGAAGAGCUUAGAUUUGGUGAAGGUUUUACUGGAGAAGGGUGAAGCAGAUAUUGAUGAUGCAGAUGAUGAGGGCAACACAGCACUGAUGGUAGCUGUAAAGAAAAAUAAUUAUGACAUAGCAAAGUUGCUAUGUGAAAAAGGAGCAAGGACUGAUGUUGGGAACCUUAUUGAGGAAGCAAAUAGGAAUCGUGCUUUUAUCCUGACAAGUCUUCUUCUGAAACACAAGGCCAAAUUUGUUGCAAAAUCCCCUACAGACUGGGAGCCAUGCAGCAAACGCUGGAGGGACCGCCUGAAAAAGCUUUAUGAAAUAUAUCGCCCCAUGAUUGGCAAACUAAAGACGUAUCAAUAUAUUUACUACAGGAUUCAGAACACUUCCCAAGGUGGCAUCUACCUAGGGCUCCAUGGUGACACAGAGGUGGCAGUAAGAAUAGGCCGCCACCGUGAUACGGAGGAUGACAAAGAGAAAAGAUUCCUUGAACAGUGUGGCAACUGCAAGCAUCUAGUGAAGCUCUUUCAGUACGAGAAGGCAAAAGGCUGCUUGUAUUUGUGCUUCCCUCUCUGGGAGAAAAACCUUGAAGAGUACUUGCAAGAAUCAAAAGAUGAAACGAAUUACAAAGACAUUCUGAAGAUGAUCUUCCAGGCAGUGAGAGAACUGCACUCGCUAGGAUUUGCUCACCAGGAUCUGUGCCCCAGAAAAUUUUUGAUAGAUUUAAAUGACAAAAUUUACCUGGCAGAUUUUGAUAAUCGAAGACAGUUGAUUGAAGGCAAAAAGGAACUUGUAAACUCAGACCUAAAGGCCCUUAGCAGGCUUGUGCAAUAUGUUACAAUAGGGGGUAAGAAACCCUUUGAGAAAAUCAGCACUGAGGAUUUGGCUGCAGAUUCCCCUGAUUACGAGGAGGCUCUGGACCUUGUGGAAAGCUUGGACACUCAUGAUGAACGAGGAUUGGAAGGUUUGAGCAAACACCCCUUUUUCUGGAGUAAACAGAUCAGGUUCAAUUUCCUGAAGAAUAUAUGGAACAAAAUCAAAGAUUGCCAGAACCGGGGAACUAUUUUAAAAAACCUUAAUACUCCUGAAGAAUGCAGUCCUUACAUGAAGUGGACUGAGAAGAUUGACAAGGAGGUUCUGAAAAUCAUGGAAAAUCCUGAGGGUAGAACAUACAAAUAUGGGAAAGGAGUUGAAAACCUACUGAGGUUCAUCAGAAACCUGGAUGAACACCCACAAAAAAGGAUCAGCAACAAAAUAGGGGACCACGCUGACUAUUUCUUGAAGCUUUUUCCAGCACUGACCAUUGAUGUCUACAACUGCUUGCGCAAGAAUCCCAGGUUCAGUCACCUUGCAGAUAUCCAGGACCCUUCUCUGACUUAGUAUGUGGUGUUGCCUCACGUCCCAUGGCUGAUCCCAUUAUCUCUGCCUCCUUUUAUUCCCUGUUUGCGCAGCUGUGAAAGAGUUGACGAAAGUGGGUAAGGAGAUGGGAGGGAGUGUAUGUUGGGACAAAACAUGGGAGGCUUGCACUGCUAAAGCAUCUUUCUCUUUGAGUAUCUGGUGUGACAAACAUAGGCCUUGGAGAGGAACCAAGCUGAGGCCCAGCCCAGGUCCCCCUUGACUCGUUCUGUCACUCGAGGCUUUUCUGCCUCUGAGGUGGAGAUGAAGGCCCUGGUUCUUACGGAGAGCAGGGAGCUGUGGGACAGAGCGCUCAUCUCAAUACACGUGAGAGGCAGGAGAAGAGCUCAGACAAUCAGAGACUCUCUGAAAAAGGAAAAGGAGCUAGAGCUCCUGCUAGGGCCAAUAUUCCUUGCAGCUUGCACUCGUACCAGCAACUUGUAUACCCUUAGGAAGCAUGAGUUUUUUUCCUUUUGCUCCUUUUGAAACAGAAUAGCCUAAAGUGGGGAUGCUCAGACUGGCUACAGACUGCUCUUGGCUUGUUAGCUGUCAGAUCUGGCAGAGGCAUACGCAGUGCAGCCUGCUGGGAAGUGAGGGACUUUUACUGAGGGACUUGGAAAGUAUCUCUAUGAGGAAUGGAUGUAGAGAGAGUGAACCCUCAAAACUCUGCUACUGCGAGUAACCCUGACUCACCUGAACAGGAUAG